AUGGACGGUAGGUCUUGGAAAAACCUCUCUCAUCGAUUUGGUUGGAAAGUGAAAAAUCACGGCGUAAGUACUGAGUCCGUCGUAGCUUCCAAAAUUUCUUUGGAAACGGCCCAAGAGAUAAUUUUGGGUUAUCCAUCGAAAAGGAAAGCUAUUGUUGAUCAGGACUCUGAAGAAGAAAAAGAGCAAGACGGGGGUUCUUUGAUAAAAAGGUCACGGGCUAGAAGACGAAUUAUUUCAGAUGAUGAAGCAUCUCCCCCUCAUUCUAUUGCUCUUAUCGAGCCUGUUGAAGCCUCGUUGGUGAUUUCUGAUGAUGAAACUCCCGCUGCUACUCAUGAUUCUACUGAACAGCUUUUUGUCCGUGGGUUUGAUAGUGAAAGUCUAGGCCCAGUUUCUGAUGAAGCACCCCUUGCUUCUUUUUCUAUAUAUGCUCCUGUGAUACCUUCUUUGCUAGUCAUGACUGUUGCCACUGCUGCUCCCCCCCCCCAGGCUGUUUUGACCCCUUCCACAGUUCCUCCUACGACUGUUCAACAAACUGAGGUUGGUUCCUCAAGUGGAAGCGGAGCCAUGAAACAGGUUAUCAUCGAGGUCCCUGCCGAUGGUAAUCUUUUGGGGAAAUCAGGUGGUGUUGACGUGUGGUUGAAGCCUCUAAUUGGUCCAAUCGAGAGAGACAAGCUUGAGAGCCACAACUCUUUAACUUGGAUGAACGACAUAAUAUAGUCAUCAUUAAAGAUCAACCUCGUUGGUACAGAAAUGAUGAAGAGGGUUUCCCACACGGAGCAACUAAUGCAUGAGUAUCAAGUUGAAGCAGAUAACUAGAGAGAACAAUAUGAAAGCCUUUAAAUUGACAUGGAAGUGUUAGAAGAGAACAAGUGCUCCUUAGAGCAGCAGUUGAUGGUUUUAACUACGGAAUUGGCGGUUGAAAGAGCUUCCUCAAAUCAAGCUGGUAAGGACAAGAAUCUUCUCGAAACUUUUUUUUCCGAGCACCUCUCCAAGGCUAGUGAAGAAAUCAGAGAUUUGAAGGCUCUUUUAAGUGAGAAAGAAGCGUAUGCCGGUGAACUUGUGCAAACUCUGACUCAGACUCAAGAAGACCUCCAGGAAUCUUCUGAUAAGGUUCUUUCCUUAGAAAGUUCACAUGCUUCUCUUCAAACUUCUUAUGAUUCUUCCUUGGUUGAGAAUGAAAAUCUUAAAAGUGAAAUUGCUGACAGGGAGAGAGAUUACGAGAUUCUUGAAGACAAAAAUGCAAUUGAAGUGAG